CUGCUUUCUUUGUAUCUGAUAUGGUUUUCAUGCAAAUAAGCAGGAGGCAUUACUUUCAGAGUGACCUAUCUAUUAUCACUGCUCGUUUAAGUGAAAAAAAAAAUCAACCUUAGAUUUCUCACUUAGAGCUAAAUGGUGGGUAGAUGGAUGAGAGCUGCAUGAGGGUAACAAAAAUGUGCCACUUCAAUGUGGUAUUCAGUUUUCUUCACUCUAUGCUUGAAUCUUGAAGAAGUGAUACUAUUUUCAUGCCAGCAUCAAGACAUGGUGUACCAACAUAACUGUUUACCAAAAAGGAAGACACUGAGGUUGGUAACAAGAAACAAAGUUUCUGUGGAAAAAAAAAACCCAAUCUCUUAUUCAGACUGAAAUUCAGUAAAAGUUUAUGAUAUAACCAGCAAAGUCCAAGUUAACAGCGAAGUCGAUUUUUCCAAUAAGUUUGGCUUUGCUGCCUAAAAAUAUCUUUAAAAAAAUAGUUGCAACACUAGUUAAAACUUCCCCUUGUAGCUAAUUGCACUGUGUCAGCUGAUUCUUGAGCUUUCAUAGAGAAGCUGGUACUCCAGCUUUCUAAUAAGAGGACAUGCUACUCGUUACUCCUCCCUCUCUUCAGCAGUGGUUUUCACAAUCAGCAGAAGUUCUUAAAACACAAAUGAACAGCUAAGAAAAUUCUCACAAAUGGCUGCAUCUUCAGUUGAUUUACUGACCAUUCUUUCACACAAGGAAGGCUUUUGGGGUAACCAAACUGUUCUAGCCAUGAAUGCACCUGAAAUUCGACGCAAUGCAAGCUGUUCCUUAGAAGACAAUGCACUGUCGUAUGCUUUCAUACUUUUUUACUCUGUUAUUUUUGUCAUCGGAUUGGUUGGGAAUAUUAUAGCCCUGUUUGCAUUCCUGUGCAUUCACCAGAAAAGGAAUUCCAUCCAAGUUUACUUGCUAAACGUAGCCAUUGCAGAUCUUUUGCUGAUCUUCUGCCUUCCCUUCCGAAUACUGUACCACAUUAGAAACAACACGUGGAUGUUUGGACGGAUUUUAUGCAAAAUUGUAGGAACCCUAUUUUACAUGAACAUGUAUAUUAGCAUAGUACUGUUGGGACUAAUUAGCCUAGAUCGUUACGUAAAGAUAAAUAAGUCUGUGAAACGACCUAACAUGUUAACUACUACCCGAAGUAUACAUAUUUGCUGCAUUGUGUGGGCAGUUGCACUAACAGGAUUUUCAUUAGUAGUUGUACCAUCUCUCUUCAUGAGUGAGGUCAGCAAUUCUACCUUGUGCUUUCAUUAUCGGCAUAAAAAGAAUGCAAUGACAGAAGCAAUUUUAAAUUAUAUCAUUGUCAUCAUUUUUUGGACAGUUUUUUUCCUUUUGAUACUUUCCUAUGUUAAAAUUGCCAAGAACCUGCUGAAAAUUUCAAGGAAAAGAGCUAAUUUUCCCAAUGCAGUGAAAUACACCCAGACAGCAAGGAAUUCCUUCAUUGUACUCAUUAUUUUCACUGUAUGUUUUGUUCCAUACCACAUAUUUCGAUUUGUCUACAUUACAUCACAAUUACAAAAUCCAUCUUGUUACUGGAAGGGAGUAAUUCACACAUGCAAUGAGGUUAUGCUCAUAUUUUCAUCUUUUAACAGCUGCUUAGACCCAGUUAUGUAUUUCCUAAUGUCCAGGAGCGUACGUAAGACUGUCCUCCAACUUAUUUGUAGAAGAAUUCAUAGAGAUACAAGUUUGACUCUGGAAAGUACUUCAGAAAUAAAACUUGGACAAUAUACGCAAGAGCGAUUAUCUACAACCACUCCGCAUUCAAGUUCUGUAAAGAAGAAGUCUGACUUAAUCAAGUAAACAGAUAACAACUUCUCUCACUGUCACUUUAGGACACCAGCUCAAAAUGCACCAAAUGCAACACUGAAUGGAUAUUUACCUUCUUUCGUUCUUCCCAUUACAAAAUGAGAAGUCUUACUUCUGUUUGUGAAAAUGAGAAGUAACUUUUCAGAAGCACUUCACUUUUGUUUAUCCAAGAAAACAAAACACGAAACUUCCUUCUGGUCAUCUCAGGUACCUUCUGUGGGACUAACCUAGAACACUAAGUCUUUGGGGAGAUGACCACAAAGUGGUUUGAGUCUGUGUAAAAAGAAUCUUGUAUACAGAUGUUAAUACUAGCGAUUUGUGUAUAUAAACAAAUGCAUUUUGCAGAAGUAAUGUGUCCUAUUCAAAAGAGCUAUAUGAAUCAUUAAAGGCUUUACAUACUUUCUGCUUUAACGGGUUUCAAAGAGAUCAGCAUUUAACUGUAUUUACAGAACUAUUUUUUGCAAGGAAAUAUUUGAGAAUUUAGCAACAUAUGUGGCUCAAAAAUGAGGUGAAGAACACAUCUGCCAUUGAUUCAGUUAUAAUUACUGAAGAUUCGCUUCAUUAAAUACCAAAACUAAAAUAUUAAAGCCUCCUUUAUUA